AUGCAGGAGGAGCGCAUCAUGCAGAGCCUGGAGAGGCUGGAGAAGCUGCAUGGCAGUCUUGAGCGCCAGGAUUCCAUGACAUCCUUCAUGUUGGAUGCUAUCGACGUCCUCACCCUCUCGGUCUCAGCAGAAGCGAGCGAGCACGAUGACUUACCCCAGUGCACGUGUGGCAUAAUUCUGUCUGGAUGCUCGAUAGGGUGCAUCAUGGAUGGAAGUCCUGCCAUGGAAUGCGGCGCUGUGAGCGUCGGUGAUGUGAUUGUGAAGGUCGACGGGCAGGAAGUGAGCAGUCAAAACAUCGAGGAAGCCAUGAAGGGUUGCGACCUUCCAGGCUCUCUGGUAUGGCUGACGGUCAGGAAACGAGAUGGCCUGACUAAUGAUGCCUUGAUGCAUCGUGUGCGUGUGGGCGACAUGUUUCAGCGAACAGUGAUGGUACAAGCGCUCGCCCGCUUGCAGAAGGCAGCAGAGGAGGGAGACAUGAAGGCAGUCUCGGCCACAGCUGCAGAAGUGCAUCGAUGUUGGCAGAAGAACAGUCAGGAAAGCUUGAGAAGUCAGGGAGAGCUGUUGGAAAACUUGCGCAAGGUUGGUCAUGGCUUGAAGAACUGGCUUAUCGAUUGGAAGAAGGAGCUUGAGACCAUGCGCCUGCAAUGGAGAGACGCUUUCUAUGAGAAUGGAGUCAUGGCAAAUGAUCUGGUGCGGUUUGGGAACAAGGCGCUGGAGAAGUCAAAGCAUGAGAGUGCUGAGAAGGCCGAGACAACAGAGAGAGUAUUGAGCAACACUAAAGUACCUGAUGUAGGAUUCUUCAACGAGUCGCCAACAAACCAAUCCCCUUCGAUCUCUGUGGAGAAUCCAAAGUUGUUCAACGAGUUGCCAACAAACCAAUCACCUUCGAUCUCUGUGGAGAAUCCAAAGUUGUUCAACGAGUUGCCAACAAACCAAUCACCUUCGAUCUCUGUGGAGAAUCCAAAGCACGUACAGAAGACGACACCAUCUGAGAGAAACAACGAUUCAUUACAUAGCAAUGAAUCAUCGAGGAAGAUUUUCAAUGACGACAAGAAAAUCGGAGCGAGAGCAAGGGAAAAACGGGAAAAACGACAAAUUUCCGACCCGCUGACACAAUUCGAAGAGGCGAAUGCCAACUUGAUGGAAAGUGUUCUUGAAAACGAAAUCCUGGGAGUGAUCUUGGCAGCGGAUAUUGAUAUUUUUACAGAAAGAGCAAAAGUUGUAGACAUCAUGCCUGGAAGUUUGAUAUCCAACCAACGACAACUCUGUGUCGGAGAUCUGAUUGUAAGCAUUGACGGGGAAAAGAUCAUCAGCGUGGAUCAUGCCGAAUACUGCCUAAAGCAAGUUCUAGGCUCCAGGAAGAAAGCGAUCUUAGACAUUGACCGGAAAGGAGUGUUUCACCAGGUCGACAUAGAUGCGCGGGGACAUAAUUCUAAGCAUGCGAUUCUUCUGCCUGAUAAGGAGGAUGAGCAGUGGGAAGCCGAUGCUGGAUCGUAUGACCAUUCUCCAUCAGAAAAAUCUUCCGAAUUCAUGAGCAAGAAACAACUUCUGGAAGUAUUCAAAAGCAAGGAGUACUUGCUAGAGGGAUGA